CCCCGCUCACGUGGAGGUAAUUUGAGCAGACAGCAGUUAACUCGAGCUGCCUGACUGACAGACAGCAACACUCUGGAUUUACACGGAGACCGAGGAACGACACCCCACAAACUGUAUAAUAACUGAUAUUUUGUCGUGUAAAAGAGUAUAAUUACUCACUGUUUUGAAGGCUUGUCGGUUUGUGGGUCGACAUGAGGGCCCUGAACUUGCUCCUGCUGUUAAGUUGCUUGUGUGGCCUAUACGCGGUGGGAGGUGCGUCGGAGGGGGAGAAGCAGCUGAUGAAAGCCCUGUUCAACAACUACAACCUGAAGGUUCGCCCUACGGCCUCACCUGGCGCCAAGGUGGUGGUCCGGAUUGGCAUGAUCCUCUCCUCCUUCGUCAGCCUGAACAUGAAAGCAGAGGAGAUGAGCACAAUUGUUAUCAUGAACCUGGAGUGGACAGACCACCGUCUCUCCUGGAAACCUAAAGACAAUGACGGGAUCGAGGUGAUGCGACUUCCUGCUGGGAAGGUCUGGCUGCCUGACAUUGUCCUCAUCAACAAUAAUGAUGGUGUGUUUGAUGUGGCCCUCCAUGUUGCUGUCCAGGCCUAUAGUAGUGGGAGGGUGACCUGGUCUCCCCCUGCCCUCUUCUGUAGUUCCUGUGGGGUCAAGGUGACGUACUUCCCAUUUGACUGGCAGAACUGCACCAUGGUGUUCAAGUCUUACACCUACGACUCAUCAGAGGUGGACCUGCAGCACGCUCUGGAUGACCAGGGCAACGAGAUCAAAGAGAUCCAAUACGACGGGGGCUUCAGUGAGAGUGGUGAAUGGUACAUCCGCCACCAGCCCAGCAGGAAGAAUGAGAUCCGUGAGGACCUGUAUGAAGACAUCACCUUCUACCUGAUCAUCGAGAGGAAGCCUCUCUACUAUGUCUUCAACAUCAUCAUCCCCUGUAUCCUCCUCACCUGCAUAGCAAUCUUCAACUUCUACCUGCCGCCCGACGCUGGUGAGAAGAUGGGUCUGUCCAUCAACGUUCUGCUCACCCUGACUGUGUUCCUGCUGCUGCUGGCUGACAAGGUCCCCGAGACCUCCCUGGGUGUCCCCAUCAUUGUCAACUACCUCAUGUUCACCAUGAUCCUGGUCACCGUCUCAGUCAUCCUCAGUGUGGUGGUCCUCAACCUGCACCACCGGUCCCCCUCCACACACCACAUGCCCAUGUGGGUCCGCAAGAUCUUCAUCCACAUGCUGCCCCCCUACCUGGGCAUGCUGCGGCCCAAGGUGGAGAUGCCCCUCUCCCUGGACCAGCCCCCCAGGAGGGAGAAGAACAAUAUGGCUAUCAGCCGUGCUGCUGAUGAGUAUUUCAUACGCAAGCCCAACACCUGCUUCCUCUUCCCCAAACCCAACAGGUACCAGUCUGAGGGCAUGUGUACUGACCUGAGGAAGUUCAUCGACGGACCCAGCCACUACCUGACUCUGCCUCCGGAGCUCAAGACUGCCAUCGAGGCCAUCAUCUACAUCGCUGAGCAGCUACAGGCUGAGAAGGACUUUGCUGCUCUGAAGGAGGACUGGCAGUAUGUAGCCAUGGUAGUGGAUCGCAUGUUCCUGUGGAUCUUUGUGGUCUUCACUACUGUGGGAACCCUGGGCAUCUUCGCCGACGCCAGCUUCAACCACACCCCCAGCGACCCCUUUAAGUACCCCUAACGUGGGACACACACUCCACGUAUGCAUGAACACACACACACACAAGAUCCCAAACUUUACCUCACUGAAACCCCAGAAGCCAUGACAGUUGCCCCAGCCUCCAAAACAGACAUGCAUAGCAAGAUCCUCUACAUGCCUUGGACAUAGUGACUCUAUACUGUACAUGGAAGGGUUUAUUUUUCUAUAUCUGCUGUGCUGAAGUGUGACAUUGCUGUAGUUCUGGGGCAGUAGGAAUCAAGCAUCUCAGAGUAGGAGUGCUGAUCUAGGAUCAGCCCAUAGUCGAUGGAAUCUUAUUAAUUAUGUUCUGAAUGGCUAAACUGAUCCUAGAUCAGCACUUCUAUUGUGAGAUGCUUUCUGAAUACUGGUUUUACUAAAAUAUAUUUAUUGAUUGCUAUAUAUUUGUUGGGAGGAUAAAGACAGUGAAAACCAGAUACUAUAAAAUACCAAGUGUAUACAUUUAAUUUACCAGAGUGAGAAUGUGUGUUUGGCAUAUAUAAAAAAAAGUAUUUAGUCAGCCACCAAUUGUGCAAGUUCUCCAACUUAAAAAGAUGAGAGAG